AUGAAUAUUUAUUCCCGGGGUGACGAAGAAUCUAUCUUUCCGACCGCAAAUGCUGCCAUCUGGAAAGUAUCGAGGAGGACUUUCCCUCAAAAGCCAGCACUUGAUCCAAGCCCCUAUAGUGUUGUACAAGUCGUCGUGAUUGUAUUGGCGCCGCUGUUGGUGACGGAGGAGAAACGAAUAAUUCGUGAUCCGUUCAAAAGAGAAGCGCUAAAUAUGGUCUUAGCGUUUUGGAGCCUCUCUUUGGCCAGGGUAUUCUUGAUUGAAAUGGCCAUUAUUCGGAGACAGGCUGUAUUUCCUAGUCUCUCUAACCGCUCAUCAUCUUUAACCUCUGAGGCCAGUUGUGUUGUUAGAGGAUUCAGAGGAAGUACUGGACAAUAUGGUAGAGGUGGCCAGGCCGUGCGGCGAAGGUUAAGGUGCCGGCUUGACGAAAGCCGAGGUGCUCUCGAAUACACAUCAGUGAUGUCUGUGACCUGGCUAGACCUCGGCGUUGUCGUAAGUCGCAGUCAAGUUGUAGCACCGUUAAAAUACCGGGGAGGUGGUGAUAGAGUGCAAUAUAUCACUAAGAAUGUAGAAGCAAUCAUCAAAGCUUGCGUUGCGUACAAUGGUUGCCGAGGGAAAUUAGUGGCCUUGCUGGGAGCUCCUGGGUACCGGGGCGUUGAAUGGUUCGAGCAGCAGAAACGUUCAACGUCCGCACAGCACCACCAGGCUGCGAAACGUAUUCCAAAAUGUAUUCUCUUAAGCAUCAAAGACGAUCCCCACACUAUUCGAGAUCUAAAUAUGUCCUCGCGUGGACUGCCAGGUUACAAGUCAGUUUUAACGUUUCAACGGCAAGCUAAAGCCAAGAGGAGCAGUAGCAGUGACCUCGCGCAGGGCGGAGAAUUUAGGAGGGGAAGCAUAUCUAGACGUUCAAGAAGCGCUCUGCAACAUGCAGAGAUUGCAACAAUUGGGAAUGAUGACCCGCCGGUGGUGAAACCCGAGGGACGGCUGAUGAAGCGGAUGCUUACCGGAUGGGUGUCGCAUGAAGGAAGAGGAGACGAGGGCGGAUUUGGCUUGACAUGGACGACUGAAUCGUGGAGCGUGCCGGUCGAUCAAAAUUCGCAAGCCAUGACAGACGAGGACAUUACAACAGGAUCGCCAUCGGCGAGCUCGACUGCAGUGAUAAGGUGGCCGGCAGGUUGGCCGCUAGCUCAGGGUUGCGAUUCGCAGAAGGGCAAGGAUUUCAGCACGAGCGCCGUUCCGUGCAGAAACUUGAUGCAGACCAGACAUCGGCCCACAGGGAAAGCUGCUGCAGCUUGCCUGCUCGAUAUCACUUAG